CGUGCGUCUGUACGCGGGGCGUGCGUGGGGCGACGCGCUCGCGGCCGCCGCUGGGCUGGGUCAGAGAGCGGGCUCGGCCUCUCUGCGUGUGGCUCCUUUGGCCGCUGCUUCCUUUCGUGCCGCGCGAUAACUGAACUUCCCUGAAGAUGUCUAAGCAACAGCCUGCUCAGUUUACAAAUCCAGAAACUCCGGGCUAUGUUGGGUUUGCAAAUCUGCCAAAUCAAGUCCACCGAAAGUCUGUGAAGAAGGGUUUUGAAUUCACACUCAUGGUGGUUGGGGAAUCAGGAUUGGGGAAGUCGACGCUCAUCAAUAGCCUGUUCUUGACUGACUUGUACCCGGAAAGGGUCAUUCCUGGGGCAGCAGAGAAAAUAGAAAGAACGGUGCAGAUUGAGGCCUCCACAGUGGAGAUUGAGGAGAGAGGGGUCAAGCUCCGUCUUACUGUUGUUGACACACCAGGCUACGGGGAUGCAAUUAACUGCCGUGACUGUUUCAAGACUAUCAUCUCCUACAUCGACGAGCAGUUUGAGCGGUAUCUGCAUGAUGAGAGUGGCCUGAACCGCCGGCACAUCAUAGAUAACCGAGUGCACUGCUGCUUCUACUUCAUCUCACCCUUUGGACAUGGACUUAAACCGUUAGAUGUGGAGUUCAUGAAAGCUAUCCACAAUAAGGUGAACAUCGUGCCGGUGAUUGCCAAAGCUGAUACUCUGACCCUGAAGGAGCGGGAACGCCUGAAGAAGAGAGUCCUGGACGAAAUCGAGGAGCACGGCAUCAAGAUUUAUCAUUUACCCGAUGCGGAGUCGGAUGAGGAUGAAGAUUUUAAAGAACAAACUAGACUCCUGAAGGCUAGCAUUCCAUUUUCAGUAGUAGGAUCCAAUCAGUUGAUUGAAGCCAAAGGCAAAAAGGUUAGAGGUCGUCUCUACCCUUGGGGAGUUGUGGAAGUGGAGAAUCCAGAACAUAAUGACUUUCUCAAACUGAGAACGAUGCUGAUCACACACAUGCAGGAUCUCCAGGAAGUCACCCAGGACCUUCACUAUGAGAACUUCCGCUCUGAAAGACUGAAGAGAGGCGGCAGGAAAGUGGAAAACGAGGAAGUGAAUAGAGACCAGAUCCUGCUGGAAAAGGAAGCAGAACUUCGUCGUAUGCAAGAGAUGAUUGCAAGGAUGCAGGCUCAGAUGCAGAUGCAGAUGCAAGGAGGAGAUGGGGAUAUUGUCGUGCAUGGGCACCAGGCUUAAGAAUUUCACCUCCAGAAAUAAAAAGAGAACAUUCCUGUAUGUUUUUUCAUGAAAUCAUGGAAAGGAAGUCCACCUUCUGCAAUCCCUGUGGCCUGCAAAUUGUUAUUCACCAUUUUUACCCGUGGUCUGUGAAUCGUUAACUCUCCAUUUUUAUAUAAGGAUCAGCUGUGGUACCUUUUGUAUGUGUACCUUGUAGCAUGUAUUUACUGAUAUUUUAUACUUUUUCCAUAACAUGUCUGUUUUUGUUUUCCUUCCUACAUAACUUCUGUCAGGUAGAAUUGGUUUUCUAGAACUAUACCCUGAAUUUGUUCUGGAUUUGCCUGACUUCUGUUGGCCUGGCUAGUCUGGGCAUCUCUGUCAUUGAAUAGCGCUGUGGAGUCACACCUAGGAGCCAAUUAAUUCUUUUUUCAUCCAGGUGUUAGCACACCAGAGCAAGCUCGUCUGUCUGCCCAGUCUAAGGGUGAGCCUCUCACCACAGUCCCUGGGAAGACCAGGGGGUCAGAGUUCUCCUUUGGUAUAAGCUAUUGUGUGCUAUAACACCCAUAACCCAGUUUUGCUGCUGCCCCUCAUCACUGGUUUGGAAGAACAAAGAAUAUGUACCUUUAGGUAAUUCGUGUUAAAAUGUAACUUUUAUAAGGCGUAAUUUCUAAGGGUCUAAUGAUGCCCUGCUAUUUAAAAAACAUUUUAUAAACCAUUUUUUAUGGUAAGAUCCUGAAAGCUUGUACUCUCUGAAACAGGCUGGCAUUCCUUAUACUGUCACACAGAAAGCGGAAGCAGCAUUGCGGUCUCAGAUGAGGGAAGAUUGUCAGAGAAGGACAAAGUCCAUAGGUCUCUCCCUUAAAUAGGUUAGUAGGGAAAGAACACUCCUUUUUUCUUUAGACAGGAAGCAUUCCUCUGUCUUGUAGAUACUGGCACCAAUUAUUUCGGGUCAUUUUUUCAUUGUUUUAUUAAAGUGUCAUUUUAACACCCA